UAUUUAAAAGUUGUGAAACAUGGUCCUCCGCGCCCCCGGUUGUCAUGUUAUAGGCUGUUAUAGGCUGCCUAUAACACGAUUGUUUUCUGUAUGUUCUCGACAGAAUAAAUCAAGACGCCGUCGCCACCCUUUUAAAGACAAACCGUAUCACGGCCUGAUCACUUAAUAAAAACCAGCACAACCCAGAAAGGACCUGGUUACAUAAGUAUUAUAUCUUUGUCCAUGGACAGCAUACUCGAUAUUUAAUUCAUGAUUCAUCCAUUCAGUUACUUAAUUGUGCAUUGAUAAGUUAUUGGCAGGCACGUUUAUGUAAACCUUGACAUAUAAUCAGAAAUUAAUAUUAAAAUUCAAUUGAAAUAAUUAAGAAUAUGUACAAAUUAUAUCAAAUCAAUCAAUCAAAUUUUAUUUGUAUUGUACAUUUCAGCAGCAAGGCAUUUCAAAGUGCUUUACAUCAUAAACACAAAAACACAAAGUCAUGCAACUUUGUUUUUUAUACAAUUUAUUUGUAUAAAUAUAUUUAUACAAUAUAUUUUUAUACAUUUUCAGUUUAGGAAUAGAAAGAAAUAAGGCAUACUAUUUGCUGAUAUGCAUAAAAAUUAUUCCCAUUAUGUUCUUUUUCACAUUUAAACAAGAUUUUAUAUCCUAAACGGUUAGACAAGUCUAAUUUAUGUAACUUCAUUGAGUGACACUUUUAUAAAUUAACAUAAUUCUGAAAGGGCUUAACAAUUCCCUGGUGGUGCUAAUAAUUACAUGUGUUUUAUAGUUUUGGAGUUACAAACCAAAAGUAUGGUCAUCUGUCUAGUGUGAGAAGAAGUGGUUAUGUUUCUCAAAUUAGUAGCACAUCGAAAGAACUUCGAAGUGAGAGAUGUCUCAGCUGAGAGCCAAUUGUUUCAUCAGGUUUUUGUCUCCUUAUGACAUUGUGAAAUUUUAAAUUGUACCAAACAUAACAGUUUCAGCCCUGAGUCUAAACUUCUGAUUUGUGCUACAAAAAAGUAUUAAGUCAUCAGCAAACAUUUUAAAUGGGUAAACUACAAUAUUCAAACAUUUAAAGCAACCAGCUGAUGUUCAGACUAAGUCAUGUUCAUUCGUCCUUUCAUUCCCUUCCUACAAUAAAUUUUUUAACUUAUAUUUUUGUUGCGUGGUCCUUGCUGGGGAAAUGUUUAUUGAUUUGUUAAGUUUCAGUUUAAUUGUUAUACAGUCCCUUUAGGUUGUUAGAGUAGAAAUGCAGUUAUUGUCGUUCUCCAGCAGAUGGCGAUCUCUGACCAUGUUUGACUUUCCUAUGUCAAUCAUCAACAUUACCUUUGAACUACUUAAGUUUCAUUUAGGAAAAGGGAGGAACAAGCAGAAACGUCGGGGGAGUGAAGCUAAUGAAAUGGCUGCUUCAGCUGAUGUUUUCAAAUUAGCAGAAAGUCACCCUGCUACAGAGUUGAGGAUUGUGUUGAUAGGAGGAAGGUUAAAUGGAAGUCUCAGUGGUAGAAGCUCUGUUGGAAACAUCAUUCUGGGUCAAAAUGUUUUUGACACCAGCAGAAGAACAGCUCAGAGUGAAGCGAAGCAGCAGGAAGUGUUCAGCAGAAGAGUCACAGUGGUUGAUACUCCAGGCUGGUGGUGGAUUUGGCCUAAAGAAGAAACUCCAAAUCUGGAUCAGAUAGAAAUCCAGAACAGUGUCCAUCUGUGUCCCCCAGGACCUCAUGUCUUUCUUCUGGUCAUUAAUGUUGAUUUAUAUUUACCACGGUGGGUCAAAUCAUCACUAAAGAAGCACCUGAAACUUUUCAAUGCAGAUGUUUUCAGUCACACCAUUGUGCUGAUCACUGCAGUCGCUCCAUGUAGUGAUGAAGAGGUUGAAUCAAGAAUCAACACAAGUCCAACCCUGAAGUGGAUUCUUCAGCAAUGUGGAAACAGAAAACAUUUUCUCAACAUCAGUAACAGAGAUGAUAGAGAUCAAGUUAAGAUCUUGUUAGAGAAAAUUGAGGCCCUGAUUAUAAUCAAUGGAUUCAGACACUGUUCUGCUGACAGAAGUCAAGGAGAAACUCUGAGAAAGGAAAUGACAGAUUUGAGUGAAAGAGCCUCAAAAAGGUUUGAUCAAGUCCAGAAACAAAGAAGCAAACUCAAAGAACUAAUUAAAGGUGGAAAAGUUCCUCCAGAUCAUUUGAGAAUAUUGAUGAUUGGAGAUUCACUGGCUGGCAAAAGCUCAACAGGAAACACCAUCCUGGGAACAAAAACUUUUGAUGUUAAUAAGAAAGGAAGAACAACAACCCACAGUGAAAUCAGACACAGUGUGGUUGAAGGAAGUUGGCUCACAGUGGUUGAUUCUCCUGGAUGGUUCUGCAUCAACACCCUUCAGGAAACCAGUGAGAUGGAUAAACUGGAAAUAGAAAACAGUGUGAAUCUGUGUCCUCCAGGACCACAUGCUGUGCUGCUGGUUAUUCCUGUCAUAAUCAAUGUUGAUAAAUCAUAUCUGAGUUCUGUUCAGGAACACAUGAGUCUGUUUAGAGAAGAAAUCUGGAAACACACACUUGUUGUGUUUACCUAUGGAGACUGGUUAGGAGUGAAGACUGUAGAGGAGCGAAUAGAGAGUGAAGAAGGUCUGCAGUGGAUAGUGAACAAGUGUGAGAACAGAUAUCAUGUCUUGAACAACAAGGACCACAGUGAUAAAACUCAGGUAAAUGACUACUGGAGAAGAUUGAAGAGAUGUGGGCAGGAAAUGAAGAUCCUUACUAUGAAGUGGAUCUGGACCGAGCAGCACAGCUAGAAACCAAGAGAGAGACUGAAGACAAGACGGUCAAAAGGUUGAAGACGAUCAAUGAGAGAAAAUCACAAAUAAUUAAAGAGGUGUUUGAAGGCGAGAGACAUCCAAUCACUAAAAUCAGGAUUGUUCUUGUUGGUCAGAAAUGUUCAGGGAAAAGUGAAGUUGGAAACAUGAUUCUGUUCAAUGAAAAAUUUAAAAUGACCUUUGAGAGAGCUUGGCUGAAAAAGACCUACCAAGAUCACAAAUUUGCAACAUGUGUAAAACACGACGGGACGUUUGAAAGAGUCAAAGUCUCAGUUGUUGAAACACCAGGCUGGUUCUCAGACCCAACACCACCUGACUGGAUCAAAGAUGAAGUUCUCCACAGUGUCUCCAUGUUUUCUCCUGGACCUCAUGUUUUUCUCCUGCUUGUUCCCAUCUCAGAUCUUUCACAGAGAAAGAUCUCAAAGCUCUGGAGGAGAUCUUGAAGCCAUUAACAGAGAGAGUGUGGAAACACUGCAUGGUGCUGUUUACCUGGGGACACUGGAUCAAUGAUCUCCCUGUAGAGAAUUACAUUGUUAGAGAGGGAAAGGAGCUUCAGGAGCUUCUGGAGAAAUGUGGGAACAGAUACCAUGUUCUAAACCCCAAUCGAUAUGGUGAUACUGUUCAAGUCAAAAAGUUGUUCCAAAAAAUUAUUGACAUGGUAAAACAAAGGAUGCUUUACAGCUGAAAGUAAACACACAAUACAUUUCUCAGUUUCCUUUGGCCACUAUAACAAGAGACACUUACAGAACAAGAAUUGAGCAGCAGAGAAUAGGAGCUGAUAGAGCAAAUAAUGAAAGCUUUAGCAAAGGAAUCAGAGAAAGCAACAGCACCACUUGUGAAAACAGCAGAAAGCAAAGAAGACGGUCCUAAUAGUAAGUUUUAUGUCACAAUGAUUUAAUUUACAGUCUUUUUUUCUCUUGAAUAAAACUCUGCAGUGUCUGUUUCAGUGAGUGGAGAUGUUGCCUCAGAAUAUGGGAGCAUUUCAGAGAAACAGACGACAAGCGCAUGACCAACUUGCUGAAUAACACAGACCAUCAGAGAUCAGCUUUGGGAUCGGCAGCAUUUCUUCUUCAAACACUUACAUGGAAAACCUUGACGAAAGUUCUGAAUUCAGAGAAGCUGCAAAUUUAAAAUAAAAUGGCGUCUCACUUCUCUUUUGGGUUUCUUCUGGAAAAAGAAGCAAAUAUUUAAAAAAAAUGAUUUGCUUUCCCUAAUUUAGAAGCAGGUGACAUUUACUGAUGUUAGAAUGGUGAAAUCCAGUAAGUUUUAUAUUCUUGUGUUAUUUGAGCUUUUAAGAAAUCAUUCUGAAUAUUUCAAAUAGGUUUGAUUACCCUAAUAUAAAGCUCAUCCUAUUUUCUUUUACAUUGCUUAAUAUUUGUAAACACUUACCUUGUCUUUUUAAACCAACUUUAGAGAAUAAAUGUUAUGAAAAGUUGAUUGUAUUCAAAAGAGAACACAUAUAAGUAACAACAACUUUUUAUUUGCUUAUGACUGGUUAUAUAAAAGUAUUAUUUAUUAAUCAAUGUAUAUACUAGACCAUUAUUAUGUUUUGUACCUUGCAUCAGAUUUCCAUUUGGUCUUGAAAAUAUUCACGUAUAUUUGAAUAUGUAGUGCAAAUGUUGAAACAUUAACAUUCAGAAUUUCACUAUGCCUCAAUUUGAUCAUUACAUGAAUAUGGAGUUUGUUUUUUAGAAAAAAACAAAAGACUGAAGGUGGAGCUUUUUCUGACAUCAGCUUUAGAGCUAAACUGUUUUUUUUUUUUUCAAAGAAGGUUUUGAAUUUUUAAGCUCAAAUUUCCCAAUUGUAAAUGACUCCUCAUAAUGAUGCUAUAUAAAUAUAUAAAGAACAGAUGUGAGGUCAUUUUUUGUGGGGGUUUAAUACGAACUCUUAACAACGAAAUUAUGAUUCCUAAUUGUUCUUAAGGACCUGAGUUAUAUUUACUAUAUACUUAUUACUAAUUCAGGUGAAAUGAACAUCCUUAAAAUCAAUAGCUGAUAAUGUCAGUGUGUACAUUGAAAAAAUAUCCUUCUCAAAGUGAGUAAAUUAAAUAUAGAAAACCAUGUUUUUCCAUUCCUGUGAAAACAUCUGCUAAUGAAACUUUUACCUUUGAUUAAUAAUAAAAAAAUUUUGACUUAAAACAAGCUCCUAUUUCUUCCUGAGAAGUUACUUGUAAAUUAGUUUUGUCUUAUUUCAACUCUACUAAGAUCUUUGUACAGUGACUGAGAAAACAUUAUUUUGGAUUUGAGCUUGAACACUGUUUGGUGUAACACCUGUUCCAUCCGCUCACUAUUUGCUGAUUCAGCCCGUUUGGAGUUCACAAAAUAUCACAUAAACAUCAGCAAAAAAUAAAGUACCAACCAUUUGGACUGCAGGAACAGGAAGUUGUGAUUCCUAAUAGGAGCAAACAAGUUCUGUCAUUAGAUUAUCAACAAACUGUAAGCCCAGGGGUUGAAAGGGUCAGAAGAGAUUAUAAAACAUUUUGGGCUAAUUUUACAAUGUAUGCACAAAGCACAAAAAAGCCUUGCUGUGUACCUCUUCUCAAAUUUCCAUUUAGCCUGCAAAAGUAGUCAUAUCAGAGUGUUGGACAAAAGCGUGAAUCAAUAAUUUUCUGAAGUUAAUCAGACUUUGGAAAAUCAGACUUUAAUCAUUAAGCAGUUAAAGGGUUUGUUUUUAGACAAAGCACAAAUGAAGAGAUGGUUCUAAGAUUAGAUAUGGACUUAGUAUGUUUCAAUAUGCUUGAAUUGUGACUGGGAGUGAAUUUGUUUUAGUCUAUCUUCAGAUAUGAGACUUUUGAUUUCCCAUUUACAAUCCAGACUGGCAGGUUCAAAUUCCAGCUGGUAGAGAAUGUCUGGUUGUAAUUUAAUGAUCUUAAAUUACAACUCUUAAUUCAGAGAAUUAAACCUCUGUGAGUACAGAAAGAUUGUGUUUGAAAGCAUUUUAGAUGUUUAUUCUGUCACACUGUAAAAUGAUUAAGCUGUUCUUGCCAAAACCUCAUAAUUUCAUCUGUUACGCUUGUUCUAUAUUUUGCAGCAGAGCAAAAACCUAAUGAGAUUUCUAGAUUUUUCUGUCUGACUUCUAAACAGAUUGUGUCUCUUUGUCAUCAAACAAUCUCUUGAUCAAUUGAGAAAGUAAAUUUUUUGUCAGGUAUUGUAGAGAUGUGGUAGAAUAAAAUAUUUAAUCCCUCCAAACA